AUGGUCAAACGUGGUCUUAUGGACAUCGUGGUUUGGCUUGAGUAUCGGCAAGUGUUUCCGGGCCACUCAAAAGAGCUUACCUUGAAGUUAUUAAUAAUUUCUAGAGCUCUAUUUUUGGCGAGAAACAUAAAAACCUUGGCAUUUUUGGGAUUUCGAUACAACAGGGUCUCUGGUAGUUAUUGUAGCCGUCGAUUAAGUGAUUUCUGUAAUGGGGUAAUGGUUGCGAAAGCGCUCGUUGGAUACGGUUUACAAAGGUGGGAUAUUUCUUGA